GACCUGGGUUUCAGUGAUGAGACAUGGGGUAUGAUGUAACCCGUUUCCAGGGGGAUGUUGACGAAGACCUUAUCUGUCCUAUUUGCAGUGGAGUCUUGGAGGAGCCAGUCCAGGCGCCUCACUGCGAGCAUGCUUUCUGCAACGCCUGCAUCACCCAGUGGUUCUCUCAGCAGCAGACGUGUCCGGUGGACCGUAGCGUUGUGACGGUCGCCCACCUGCGCCCAGUACCUCGGAUCAUGCGGAACAUGUUGUCAAAGCUGCAGAUUGCCUGCGACAACGCUGUGUUUGGCUGCAGUGCUGUUGUCCGGCUUGACAACCUCAUGUCUCACCUCAGUGACUGUGAGCACAACCCAAAACGGCCUGUGACCUGUGAACAGGGAUGUGGCCUGGAGAUGCCCAAAGAUGAGCUGCCAAACCACAACUGCAUUAAGCACCUGCGCUCAGUGGUCCAGCAGCAGCAGACACGCAUUGCAGAGCUGGAGAAGACCUCAGCGGAACACAAACACCAGCUGGCGGAGCAGAAGCGAGACAUCCAGCUGCUAAAGGCAUACAUGCGUGCAAUCCGCAGUGUCAACCCCAACCUUCAGAACCUGGAGGAGACAAUUGAGUACAACGAGAUCCUAGAGUGGGUGAACUCCCUGCAGCCAGCAAGAGUGACCCGCUGGGGAGGGAUGAUCUCGACCCCGGACGCUGUGCUCCAGGCGGUAAUCAAGCGCUCCCUGGUGGAGAGUGGCUGUCCUGCCUCCAUUGUCAACGAGCUGAUUGAAAAUGCCCAUGAGCGGAGCUGGCCCCAGGGUCUGGCCACAUUAGAGACAAGGCAGAUGAACCGGCGUUACUAUGAGAACUACGUGGCCAAGCGCAUCCCUGGCAAGCAGGCUGUCGUCGUCAUGGCCUGUGAGAACCAGCACAUGGGUGACGACAUGGUGCAGGAGCCGGGGCUUGUCAUGAUAUUUGCGCAUGGUGUGGAAGAGAUAUAGGAGAUCUCGACGGGCUAUGAGGAGGAGUUGAAAAUCAGAAAAUCCUGUCACUCCAGCAGCGGGGCCCUGAGUCCUCCCCACUUCCCUUAAUACCGUGGCUUACACCUGAGCCACACAUCUCCCUGCUCUUCUGGCACUGAAGGGGGGCCCCGGGGCACUCUGCUCAGCCUUUCAGGUGGGGAACCCAGAUUCCCUCCUUUUGCUUCAUUUCUUCUCCUAAGAUGUCUGUAAAUUUUCCAUCUGGUUGGGAAAGCCCCCACCUCUAUAUCUAUUUUCCUGCCUAGGGUCCCUGGUUCCAGUUAUUUUCAGAAAGCACAAGGAUACUCAUUUUCUCCAGAGGAUCAGGGUGGAGUGAGGAAUCUCUAACGGUUCCCCUCCUCCAAAACCAAGGAAUCAGAACAGGCAGGACUAUUGACUCUAAACAGCAUUUAGAGGGCAGCUCUGGGGAGAAAUGGUAAGGGUGGAACAAAACCCUAGAAAUGAAUAAGGAGGCCAGCCGGUCAUUGUUGGUGGCCCUUAGGGGAAGACUGGACCUCUGUGCCAAGCAAUACCCCAUUCAGCCCACCUUAAAGGUGUGGGCCCCCGCUGGGUCUGCAGGUGUGCAGGUUAGGAUGCUGAAAAUUUCCAGAUGAGCUCUUCUUUCCUACACUUCCUCGUGGUUAGGGAAUGACAGGGGUGGGGGUGAGGGGUUAGUCUACUGGGGUGAAUAUGCUCAGCAGGAAGCAGCUCUCUGGCGUUUGCUGGAAUCGGGUAGGCGCUGCCUCUGUGGCACAGGCCCGAAUGGUUCCGUAGACCCUUCUCCAGCCCUGUGAUUGUAACUAGUUAUUUUGAUAAUUUCCUUUGGCCGUUGUUACUUGUUUAUAUUUCACUCCCUCCCUCCCACUUUUUUUUUUUUUUUUUUUUUAAGAAUGGCCUGAUUAUGGCUACCCCACUUUUCCAGCCCAGCCACAUUGUUGGCAAUUUAAUUUAUUUACUUUUUUUUUUUUUUAUGAAAGGAAAAAGAAAAAAAAUUAACAAAACUUAAAACUUUUGCUCUUCCUAUUGUGGGGAUUCUGGAUAGGGUGGGACAGGGAUGGGAUCUGUUUUAUAUUUUUCCUUUUCAGCACAACCUUUGGCUUUAAUAUAGGAGGGCCAAGGGAGUCCUUGGCUGAACUUAUGUCUGUCCCAGUCCUCCAUAACCCAUCCGAGAUGAGGAGCUUCCUCUAUUCCAGUGAUGGAUGUGACAGUCCAGCAUCGAUGCCUGUGCCCUCUGGAGAACUCUGCUCCCAGCCUAUCCAGGGUCUCAUUGUAAAACUCUGGACUUAGAGUAUUAAUUUUGAAGAAAUCCUGCCCACUUUGCGCCUCCCCCACCCCCCUGGUUUCCUUGGAGAUAAACAGCUGGGUUCUAAGCUUCACCAGGCAAAGUGGGAUAGAAAGUAUGCCCCUGAGUACAGGCUGUACUCUGCCUCACCCAGGCCCCCAAGGACUUGAGCUCCACUUCAGGCUGCCCAGGGCAUGCUGUGAUCCCUAGGGUGACUGGCAGAGUAAGAGGAGAGGAGAUGGUGGGUGUGGGGUAGUGGGUAGUGGGUCUUAAUAAGCAGGUGGGAGGUGGGGUUAGAGAGAUGGCCGUGUAACAGCUGCUGCUCUUUUUGGAGUUGCUCUCCGGGCCAGCUUGCUGUAGGUCUGGGUAGUUGGGUCAUGGCCCCAGUGGGACUGUGGGCAGGAGAGGGAUACAGCUUGGAGGGCGUGCGGAACAGUCGUCAUAUGUUCCAGCUCCAGGACGUUGUGCUCAGGAAUUUGAAAACGCUGCUAUACUUAGUCUGGUUACGACAUUUCUUCCACCCCCACUGCCCUGGCCCGCCUUACCAAGGCCCAUACCCUCCUGUCGUCACCCUCAGAUGGAGCCAGGAAGCUCAGUAAAGGCUUCCCUACCCUUUGCACUAGUGUCUCUGCAGGUUGCUGGUUGUGUUUUAUGUGCUGUUCCACGGUGUUGACUGCACUAAUAAACCUUUUACUCAACUCUAAA